AUGCGAGUACUGCGCGAGGCAGCUGGGGCAGAUGGCCCAGGGCCAGGCGGCCUAGGGGCACUGUUGGAUCCCGCCGGAGCAGCACCAUAA